GACAUAGAUCUCCGACCUUCCACGACAUGGUCUGCAAGAAAUGUGAAAGGAAACUAUCCAAAGUGGCAGCACCAGAUCCUUUCACCUCCAGCUCAUCCGCUAUCAAGGAAGGGUCCCGCAAGGUUGGGGAGAACAAGCUGUUGAGUCGUCCUGGCAGCUCAAAGAACCGAUACCAACCGUAUCAAGGGAAAUGCAAAGAUUGUAAGCAACCGUGUACUCAGAACAAUGCAAAGUAUUGUCAUGGUUGUGCUUACAAGAAAGGCUUGUGUUCGAUAUGUGGCAAGAAGAUUUUGGAUACGACAGGAUAUGUAAUGUCAAGCAAGUAGAUGCACUCUGGACAUCGAUUGUAUCAUUAGGCGGUUUAUUCGAGAAACGUCCAAGCAGUGUUUGAGCUAGAAUGUAGCGCCAAGCUUUGAGUUAGGAGUUCAUUGAAUACGGGAUUCCUAAGCGAGCACGACUACAACUGAGGUUCCACGAGACAAUUUUUGAGAAUGUGUCGAAUUAGUGAUUCGUGCAAUGGGUGUAGUCAUCGAGAACCUCGUCAACGUUUCUAAUCGCAACAGUUUUCUUUAUCAACCCUUGAAGGAGUCAGAUACCGUAUCCAUUCCUGGUUCAUAACAUAAUUUCUCAAGUGUUUAUGACUGUCUCUUCACGACCGACUUCAAUAAUCUCCGUUGCCGCUCCUAAAGUCUAUCUCAUGAAGGCCAUUAAUAUUUCUAUUGAUGAGAUGUCAUGCAGUACUGGAUUGUCAAUUGUCCCCAUCACGG